AUGUCUUCAGACUACCCGGACUGUUUCUGCCACACAGAAAUAAUCGCGCCCGCCUCACCCUCUGCAACGCCACUUAUUCUUCGGCCCAUCCCUGCUGCUUCUGGUGUCGCCCGUGUUCCAAAGUUCAACCGAAAAAGGGGAUCACCAUACGCUGUUGGUCGCUCUAAGUCCGACUGCUCGGAUUCCGAGUCCGAUCGCCAGUCCAGUCCUCAGCCCGCCAUCCUUCGAUCGACCGACACCUCAGUCAGUCCUAGGGCACCUAGGGCAAUCGCGACUGGUCUAGCCCUACACGAUGGUGUUAUCGUCUCGCGUAUUGCUGCCGUGGACCAGCCGGGACCAGCUGGGACUAGCGGCGACAAGCAUGAGUCAGGCUCGGGCUCUGGUGAAACUAGUUCUCAAAAAGAACCAGACAUCAGCAUAAUUCCCACUCAGCUGGGUGCGCGCCCCGACGUGAUCGCGCGGCCCCCAGGUCAGGCAAGCCGUCCCGGUCGCAAGGGCUAUACGCUGGAGACGAAGCUUGCCUGGGAGAAGCCCGUAUACAAGUACAUAAAGAAAUGGGUCAACACGGAGGUAGACCAACAUCUCCGCGUUCGACCCUUCAGUGAGCAGGUCCACGAAGUGAAAGCAAUCUGCCAGAAGGCCAUGCGGUGUAAAGACAUGGAAUUCCUCAAGAUCUACGAGGAUUGCUGGCCCAUAGAGGAGUUGAUAAGAGCGCGGCUUCAGGUUCGGAAGGCCUCCCACAGGAACAAGGCAGGCAAUGAAGCCGCCCUCCGUUCGCUCCCCUCGUAG